GCAGGUAAAACCCGUACCAAGGAUAAAUAUCGCGUAGUCUACACCGAUUUCCAACGCCUAGAAUUGGAGAAAGAAUAUUGUACAUCACGUUACAUCACCAUACGACGCAAAACCGAAUUGGCACAAACCCUAUCGCUGUCGGAACGUCAAGUGAAAAUAUGGUUUCAAAAUCGUCGCGCUAAAGAGCGUAAACAAAAUAAAAAAGUCAGCGAACCGACUAUUGGUGGAGUGCAACAUCCCGACUAUGCUAAUUUAAUGGAUACCAAACCGAAAUUGGAACCCGGUCUACAUUUACAACAUUCCCUGCAUUCGAUGAGUUCAAUGGCUGCCAUGGGUAUGCCAACAAUGCGUCUGCAUCCACAUUUGCAUGGCCAUCAUGCGCUGGCUGUGAGCGCCGCCCAUUCUCAUCAGUUGCAUCAACCGUCACAUGCUCAGAUAUCGGCUGCGGUGGGUAGUUUAUCGAUGUGACAACC